AUGCGCGGCACCAGUCACAGAUCUUGCAUCAUGCCCGGGAGCAUGCCGGUGGCGUGGAUCACGCCGUUCCUUACCCGCACCCCCGACUGGAUCUAUUCAGAGGCGUCUAACAUGCACCUCACGAAUGACAAGUCAUGGUUCGAGAACGACUUUGUCGAGUAUGACUCUCACAUCUCCAACUCACGCGCCGCCAUCGCCAGCAUACCCGUCAGAGGUGUCGGCAGCGUGGUUUUACCCGUCAAGCAAUCUGUUGCUGGACAGGGCUUUCAAAGCAACGUGUCGCUGCGCCUCGAAAACGUGCUAUACGUCCCAGACUACCCCGUCAGUGUCAUUGGACGCCCCAUCAAGGCGGUAGCCAGUGUACAGUUCUCUUCGGCCACGCCUCGUGGAGCCCUGGUGUACAAGGACGGCUCGGUCGCCGCGACGUUUUUGCCAGGCAGGGACUUUUACCAGGUCACGCUACGGGAGUCGCAUGUCGGCGCGCCCUUGGGCAGGAGUGUACUGGAUGAGCACCCCGAAUACGGAACCAUGGUGGGCUUCACCUGGCCAGACCAGGAGGUGCAAAAGUGGCGGUACGCGCAGGCCGCUCUCCGCUCGCCACCCAAGAUUGGCACGUCAUGCCGCAGCGAGACCAAGAGUGUGCUUGCGCCAGCCUUUGUUCCCGACGCGAUGGCACCACGAAGCCGCAAACGCGGAAUGGCGUGCGAUGAUGAGGUUGAGAGUUCUCCGAGAAGGGUGAAACGCUCCCGCGCAAUGGAUGAGAUGGAGGAAUUUGGCUCACCGAGGUCUAUGGUCUGGAGCAGGUGCUAG